CUCAGCCACCACUGCAGCGGACUAUGCUGUGUACGUGAAGGGACUGCCCAUGGCCAAGCUCACCAAUGAACAGAUCGCAGGAUUUUUCACUCAUUACGGCGAAGUGUCGGCAGUGGGAAUGACUUUCAAAGUGGGCGAGCUUCUUCUAGCGGACGAGGAGCUGCAGAAGCUUGAGAUGAGCUUGAAUGAGCUGAUAGCCAAGGACAAAGGUGUGGAGAAGAGCAUAGAGAAGGAAUCCUGCUACUGGCUCCUUGGCCGUCUAGUUGGAUGGCUGUACUGGUUAUAUGUAGUCGGCAGCUGUGCGAAAGGCGCUCAGGCUGAGGAGGACUUGCGUGCUCAAAUUCGGCGCAAGAGAGCCUAUAUUGAAGAUUUGAAGAGGGAGUUGAGGCGUGAUGGAGCACCUUUGGCCUGUCUCGGCGAGGCGGUCGUCACCUUCAGUUAUGGUUCCCAUGCCUCCAAUUGUAUGAGGGAUCAGCACCGGCCGACGUACAGGCGUAUAUACGAGUUCAUGUGCUGCAAUCGAGAGCAUCCUCCUAAGUUCCUCGAUCGCUACCGUCUCCAGAUCUCAAGGGCACCAGAGCCUGCUGACAUCCUAUGGAAGAACAUGGAUGUGGUGGGAGCGAACAAGCGGCAGAGGAACUUCAUUUCGUUUAUUGGCUCUGCAACAGCGAUUGCUGCCGGUCUAGGAAUCCAGGUCGCGUUGGAGAGGAUCAAGGAAGCUCGCCGCAAUGAUAUGAGAGAAAGGGAGAGGGAGAACGAGGGCAGCUUUGGCGAUGUCUUCCACCCGUUGACAGUGUUUGCUGCGUUGUCCGUUAUUCUUAUCAACUUUCUCGUCGCAAGCGUUGUGAGAUAUCUGACUGACAACUAUGAGAGGCCCCACACAAGGAACGGAAGGGAGAAAAGACUGGUCUGGAAACUGACGAUGGUUUAUCUUGUUAACGGUGGAAUUCUUCCGCUGAUUGCGAUCCAUCCAAGAAAUUGGUUUGUUCCAGGUGGAUUGGUUGACCAAGCGUUUUACAUUCAGGUCUUGCAAGCUAUCGUUCCUUUCUUGUACGCAGUCGUGAACCCGUACUACACAUUCAUGCGGGAUUUCAUGGCCUAUCACAGCCGAACGCAGGAGCUCCUGGACAAGAUGCUGAUGCCUGAAGAAUUCGUCAUUGCGGAACAGUACGCAAUUGUGAUGAACAGUCUUGGGCUGGCCUUCAUUUAUGCCCCUGCUCUUCCCAUCAGCAAUUUAAUCUGUCUUGCUGGAAUUUGCCUCCUCUAUUGGACAGACAAGUAUGUCGCUCUGCGACGAUGUAAGGUACCGAAGCACCUCGAGGAGGACGUGACCAAUAUGGUGAACCUCCUGCUUCUGUUUCUCCCACUGGCACAGAUAUUGAUGGCAUACCUGGUUUACUAUCAAGGUCUCCAGAAGCCGAAAUUCUUUUUGCCGUUCCUCGUGGGCAUUAUUGCUUGGGUGGCGUAUGUUCUGUUUCCGUUUACAACGAUGUUCAAGCUGAGGCGAAUGGAGGAGUUUGAAGACAGCGGGUCUGGAUGGCUAAGCUAUCGUGAAGCUUGUGGACUUCGGAAUGCGGCGGACAACGACCUUGACUUCACGGCGACAACUCAGCUUGCUCAUUACAGUCCGUUCUUCAGGUCAGACGCCGACCUUAUCGCCGACCGUCUGCCCCUCUCGGCGAGGGGUGCGAGCUUUUUCUGGCAAGAACAGGUGUUGCCUCCUUACGGUGGCAUGGGUCAGCAACAGCCAUUGCAGCUCCCAGGUCACCCAAUGGGCACUAUGCCACAGGGGAGUCACGAGAUGGGAGUUGGCCCCGGAGGUCAUGUGAUGAACACUCUGACCCAGGGCGGUCAGGAGGUAGGCGGUGUCCUCCCGGGAGGACACGGGAUGCCGACUGUCAAUUUGCCAGACUCUCAAGAUCCUUUUUCUCACGAGUUCCAUACUGGGAAUGAUGACGAUGAAGAGAUAGGAGGGUUGCAUCGCAAUCACCGCCCGGCUAUCGUCCACCCCAUUGCUCAGCCUGUUGUUCAGCAUAUCAUUCAGCCUGCAGGUCUGCAGCACGAUCGGCAUGAGAGUCUCGUACAGGCCGCUGCUAUGGUGGGCCCCUCGGGUAUUAUCCAACACUCAGGCCCUCACUACCCACCUCAGAUGCCCGAGGAUCAGCAACCGCUUCCCGGCCCCGGUCCCGUUCCCGGUGUUGAGCAUCAGCAUCAUCCAAUGCCGGUACCAAUACAUAACCACGACAUAAACGACCACCCUCAGAAUCUCCUCCCAUACUCUCAUGAUACCGGCAACCACGAUGGGUUCCCAAGACCUCACCAUGGCCACGGUCACGACGAUCCCCUCGGAGGGACGAUAACGGAGGAACACGUCCUGAAUGUGACAGAGUCGCAAGCUCAUGUGCAAGAAUAUCCGGGAGCAGCAGCAGCAGCAGGAGGACAUGGGGACGGCGGCUCGGCGGGCAUCCCCUUCCCCCCACCUGCGCAUCUUUCUCCGAACCCUCAUGCGAAGGAGGAUGAGUCGACGAACGACCCAUCAGCGCAACACCCGCCCUAUACAACUGGACAAAGGCGUACGCCACCGGGAAAUCUUCCAAGGCACACACCGCCGAGGCGCACCCCUGCUAGGCCCACCCCUGGAAGGCACUCGACGGCCAGACACCCAUCAAUCGAAGAGAAUGGCCACGAGGAGAACGGACCCGAAGACCCCAAGGAGAAAAACGAGUGACCCUCGAAGAACUUCAGCCUAAAUGCUGAACAGUGAAGCUGGGGAACUACAAGUAGGCGGGGCCAAAUUGACUGUG